CUGUUGUCCAAAAGCCUCUAUGAAUGUUCAGUUGGCGCCCAUGCACUCACCAUCUCUCCAUGAGCAGCGAGCUUCUGAAUGCACUCAAUCCCAAUGCCGUCCAUAGUCGGCCCAGAGCGAGGACAACAUACCCUUCACGCUCUAGAUAUACAUGUCAAGCACCUGUUGAACAGGUACAGGUUUAUGUCCCUCAUAGAAGUGAACUAGAAGGUGCUAUCGUUGAGCCGCCUCCACCGCCUACUCAGCCUCCUGUACAAGUCAUUCCUCAGCAGGCACCUGCUCAGCCUGAUCAGUUCACACAAAUUCUGCAUCUCCUUACUGAGUCAAAGCAAGCCGCACAACGCGAACAAGAGCGUAGGCGGCAAUGGGAACGCGAACAAGAAGCCAGAUACUCGCAGCGCGAGGCAGAGAUUGAGAAGCAAGUUACAACCAUGAAAGAGGAGAUAUCAUCUUUGAAGGAAUACAUCAGUAUUCAAUCCUCUCGGACGUCACCCUCAUUCAGCAGCGGUGUGAAUACUCCUGGUUCCUACUACCAUUCCAUCAUGCCCACCCUUGAACAAGCUUAUGUUCCUCCUCCCGAUUCUCCCUUUUCUCCAAGCUCGCAGUCCCCAUACCCUGCCUCACCCAUGUUCGUUCAAGGAUCAUCGAGGCAACCUAUCAUGGCACCGCAAUCUAUGCCUGUCACGCCUGUUGCUGUAUUGUCACCGCCACCAAUAAUGACGCAUGCAGCUUCUACACCGUUGCCUCCGACGCCCAGUAUUGCUUCUGAACCUCCUCCCAUCUCAUCCGACAUCUCGACGAGCCCCACGGUCUCAGUCCCUCCAACACCUGCCAACAACCUAGUUGUUCCGAGUCCGUCCGUAUAUCCUACACCCAACCCUCGGAAACGGCCUCCUCCUGUAGCUAAUGGGGAGAGCGACAGGGAUGACACGGGGAGUGAAAGACCGAGGUCAAUUGGAGUCGACCGCCCGGCCAAGCGAAUAAAUGGUCAUGAUUCACGCUGUCUAACUAUUCAUGCUGCUAUGCGAACUCGAAUUCUUCGAGCAAUGGGCCUAAAGUCUGACAAGAAUCUUCCGGAUAGUCAUGUAGAAGGUCGGCCAAUAGCUGACAGCGAUCCAAUUCGUUUCGUAUGGGAAAGGACAGCCAAACAAUCCCCUCAUAAUGCCGAGAUGAAGAUUCGGGUACUAAAGGACCUCAAGAAUAAUCGACAUCUCUAUAAGGAUGUCCCGGAUGCUGAUUUUGAGGAUAAGGUUAUACAAGCCUCCUUCGAUCAGGUCUUCUCAACGUUCAGAUCGAAAUUCAGGGCCCAAAGAGAUGCCGCUCUUGCAGGUCUUGUGAAACUGCGGGAAGAUACUAAAGCUCUGAAGUCCCGGCGGGUGAAACGAAAGAAGACAAAACUCAUGAGCAGGACGGAAAUGCGGGGAAAGCUCGAAACUUUCUCUCAUGCAACGUUUGAUCCCGCUCUGCAGCCAGAAUGCAUGUCUUCCGAGGAAUCAUGUGAAGAGUAUUCCGAGCCUUCUGGUUCAGGGGGUGGCCGAACAAAGGUCCAGGUGUUAAGGGUUCGAGGACUGCCUUGGCGGAGCAGUCGACUUCUUAGAUUUUAUACGAUUCUCGACGAAUCACAGAAAUUGGAGGGCACUGGGACUGGUACCAAGCCGAAACGCGUUCCAUCACGCAAAGAGCGAUGCCUUGGUCCGCCGAAGGACGAAUUCCAGCUUCCCCCAAAGAACAUCGCUAGUUGGAUGCUGAGCCGAAGAUGGUUAAAGGAAUUGCGGAUCGAGCAACCCGCUACAGCGGAUGCAAUGAAGCAUUACAUUGUCGAUCCUCCUGGGUUCGAUUGGGACAAGUUCGAUAUGCUUGGGGUCGAAACGGAGGAGGAAUCAGAGCCAGAACAGUAUAUCCCUCGGUCAGACACCAGUUACGCUCUCGCCCAUGCAUUAGCCCCGCCGGACGGGGCAAACUAGAAUGCUUGCUCUUACUGUACAUACUCGCUUUGCUGCUUGCUUUGGUUACUUGUGGACUUUGAUUACGUUUGUUCGUUGUUGUGAAAUAUUGCUUUCGUUCUCAUGAUGUUGUGUUUGCGGCGUGCAGGCCAGUGUGUUUCUCAAUUCCGCCCAAGGCGGAGCAGAGAUAGACGCUUCAGGGUCGCUGUUGCCCUCAUCGCCCAACUGCUUUCGCACCGCACUGCAUGCUCCUAGCAAAUAUUAUAUUCCUCCGUCUAACAACAGCAUCUAGCAAAUUCACUCAGAUCGUUUGUACUCUGUAUCUGUACACCGUUCAAGCGUCGUCCUUAUCGCUUAUGGCGGCUCGAGCUCCAUGGGGCUUCGUACCACCUGCUGGACAGUA